CGUUGCCGGCUCAGUCGCUGUGCGGGAGUGGUCACCGAGGGAUGUGUGGUAUCGUAACCGAGUGUGAUUGAGGAAAAAGACCCGGCGUAGUUUCUCCGCGUAUUACGCCUUUCGCACUUUACCCCCCGGACAAAAAGAAACUAGCAAAAACCGCGAGUCUAGUCAGUUUUCGGACCCCAUCCCGUUGCCGCGUAACCCGACCGGAACACGUCGAUCGUAUAUUUAAGUAUUUAUUGUACAAAAGACUUUAACUAUAGCCAACACAAUGUCCGUGGACAAGGAGGAAUUGGUACAGCGUGCAAAGCUCGCCGAGCAAGCGGAAAGGUACGACGAUAUGGCAGCCGCGAUGAAGGCGGUCACCGAAACGGGAGUCGAGUUGUCGAACGAAGAGAGGAAUCUGCUGUCGGUAGCGUACAAGAAUGUCGUUGGCGCGAGACGUAGCUCGUGGCGAGUAAUCUCUUCCAUCGAGCAAAAGACCGAGGGUUCCGAGCGUAAACAGCAGAUGGCCAAGGAAUACCGGGAAAAGGUUGAAAAGGAGCUGCGCGAGAUCUGUUACGAUGUGUUGGGACUCCUCGAUAAGUACCUGAUCCCCAAGGCUAGCAAUGCCGAGAGUAAAGUAUUCUACCUCAAGAUGAAGGGUGACUACUACAGGUAUCUCGCAGAAGUCGCCACCGGAGAAACCAGAAACGCCGUGGUAGACGACAGCCAGAAGGCAUACCAGGAUGCGUUCGAAAUCAGCAAGUCAAAGAUGCAGCCUACUCAUCCGAUCAGGCUAGGUCUCGCCCUCAACUUCUCCGUUUUCUAUUACGAGAUCCUCAACUCACCAGACAAGGCCUGUCAGCUGGCCAAACAGGCGUUCGAUGACGCGAUCGCGGAAUUGGACACACUAAACGAAGACAGCUACAAAGAUUCCACGCUCAUCAUGCAACUUCUGCGCGACAACCUCACUCUUUGGACCAGUGACACGCAGGGUGAGCAGGACGAACAACAGGAGGGUGGCGACAACUAACCUUCCUAAGCUUAAGUCCUUUCUAACCUAAUAAGAACAUCCUAUUCUCUAUCGUCCCCCCGUCCCUCGAAGUGCUCACCAAUCCAUCCACCCGAGAUCGAUUUAUCCAUUCACCUGUCCUUUCGUCCCUCGCAUACCUCGUUUCCUUCUUCCUUCCGUCUUUCCUUCUACCCCCUUCCAUCAUUUUGCCUCCCUCCUUCCCAACCUACCACUCAUUCCCCCUAUACUUCCUUCCGUUCUCUCUCUUGUCUACCUACCUAUCUACCUAUCUAUCUGCCAACCUAUCUACCAACCUACCCACCUAUCUACCUACCUACCAACUUACCUACCCACCUACCUGUCCAUCUUUCUAUUUCCUUUCCUUCCUUUCUUCCUUCCUUUCACAGUCGCAAGACCAUCGUCCGAGUCCUUUUUCCUUAAUCUCCUCCUCGAAAACUGACCUCUUUGUCCCAGUGCGACCGCACACUGCUGCCGAUGCCACCGCCACAGCUGUUACGCCCUGUUCGAAAUCCUCGAACAGAAGAAUCCCGCGUUCUCGACUGUAUCCUCUCAUGGAGGGACGAAUCGAGGUUGCGUCGCGUUCGCGGUAUAACAGAUAGAGUGAGCGCGCGCACGAAAGAGGGAGAGAGAGAAAGAGAGAAAGAAAGAGUGAGCGAGUGUGAGCCUGAGAGGGAGAGAGUGAGAGAGGGGGGAGAGUGAGAGAGUGUGUGUGAGAAAGAAAGAAAGAAACAGAACGAGAUGAAGCCUUCUACAGCUACUUUCGUAGACGAUGGCGGCGUCGCUAUACGCACGCACGAUCCUCGACGAAAGGAAACGGUCGAGUCGCGAGGACGAUCCAACACCGUUGGCACACGAAAUUUCUCAGAAAGAAAAAAAAGAAAAUGUACCGACUCGUGUUUAUACGGAAGAAUAGGAAGGAGCAAAUUGUGGAUGAACAGAGGAAAGGACAGGAAGAGUAUUGUGUUUCGCAAACUUUGUCUCGUCGUACGACGGUUGUCGAGAAACGUUAACUAGAGUAAUUAGAAAGCGACACCGCAUACGGAGACUAUAUAAACGAGAAACAAAAACAAGGAAAGAUACAAAAAAUUCCGUGAAAAAGGCUAGUCUUUUGGAUACCGCCGUUGGUACGAGACACGGGAUGCGAAGGAUAUAACCACGAAAACACUGUCACUCCCAGAUCUGCUCACUAUUUACCAUCUAAAAUAUCGCUAAAAAGAAAACAGAGGUUCAAGAAGAAACGAAGACAAAGGGAAAAAAAGCACGCAUGAAUCUAACUACAUUAUAUCCAGUUGUCAUUAAAUUAAAUUUCACAUUGUCUAGCAAGUACGAUAUUAUUAUACGAAGGGAAGAACGCAGGAGGAGAAAGGAGAGUAAAAAUACAUUAAGUUAUUAAGUUCCAAAA